AUGAUUGAGGACAUUAUCCGUGACCAUCAACAGAACUACUUGACCAUUUUAAAUAUGGUUAGCAGCUUGUUAUACAAUUCGAACAAAGCCCGAGAUGAGGAAACACGGGGGUCUUACAGCAUGUCAGAAAAAAUUCCAGCUCAAGUCUCACAUAUGAACCGGCUUACUGGGGUGACUGACGUGGACUGCAUCAACAAUCUGCGUAUGGACCGCAAUGCAUUUGGGCGCCUAUGUCGCAUUCUUCGUGAUAGGUGUGGAUUAGUUGAUCAAAGGUAUGUUCGCGUGGAGGAGCAGGUUGCAAUGUUCCUUAGCACUCUGGCUCAUCACACAAAAAAUCGUGUUGUUGGGUUCCAAUUUCUUCGGUCAAAACAUACUGUGAGUCGCUACAUCCAUGAGGUUAUGCGCGGGGUUAUUCAUCUGCACCGAACCCUAUUCGUGCAACCGUCUCUGGUCGAUGACAGUUGUGACAAUCCAAGAUGGAAAUGGUUUAAGGGCUGCCUAGGUGCACUAGACGGGACGUACAUUAAUGUCCGUGUUAGUACAACAGAUGCUCCUCGGUAUAGGUCUAGGAAGGGUGAAAUCGCAACGAACACACUAGCCGUGUGCGACAGGUUUAUUCGGUUUGUGUACAUUCUAUCGGGAUGGGAGGGGUCCGUUGCAGAUUCAAGGGUUCUGAGGGAUGCUGUUACUCAACCCAAUGGUCUCAAAGUUCCUAAAGGUAUAAACUUUGACUGGCAUCGAUUGGAUUGA